AAGGAGAAGAAGGAGAAACGCAGAGGAUCCCUUGUUCCAUUCCAGCCACUGGGGCAAAAUCAAGCAAGGCUUCCGAAAGAUCCUAGAUCCUUUGCACGGAUUUAGCGAAGGGUUCCGCCAGAUCCGGGCCGUCUCUAGAGGAAAGAGGCCCGCUAGAUCGGCUGGUCUGAAUGCAGAAAAGCAGGGAAGAUGGAUACCUUCAGCACUAAGAAUUUGGCUCUCCAAGCUCAGAAGAAGCUGCUGAGCAAAAUGGCCUCCAAGAACAUGGCCAGCAUCUUCAUCGAUGACAUCAGCAGCGAGAUCCUGGAUGAGCUCUACCGGGUCACCAAGGAAUUCACUCACAACCGCAAAGAAGCCCAGAAGGUCAUCAAGAACCUGAUCAAGAUCGUGGUGAAGUUGGGCAUCCUGUACCGCAACAAGCAGUUCGGCGUCGAAGAGCUGGUCUUGAUGGACCGCUUCCGUAAGAAGCUCCAUACCUUGGCCAUGACGGCGGUCAGCUUCUACCAGGUAGACUUCACCUUUGACCGCCGGGUCAUGUCCAACAUGCUCAACGAAUGCCGUGACCUGCUCCAUCAAGCCGUCAACACACACCUCACCGGCAAGUCCCAUUCUCGGAUCAACCACGUCUUCAACCAUUUUGCGGACUUUGAGUUCCUCUCCGCGCUCUACGGCUCUUCGGAGCCCUACCAGACCCACCUGCAACGGAUCUGCGAAGGGCUGAACCAAAUGUUGGAUGAAGGCAACAUCUGAACACCAAAACCUGUCUCUUCAAGACUCAGCUGUGGACUCCUUGGCUCUCUUUGGUUUCAACCAUCUCCGGAUCUGCUUUUGACGUAAUGGAGUAGUAUUUUAAGAAUGA